GCCUGGAGACAGCGCAGGACGCUGUUGCCUGGAGACGACGGGAGGUCUUAGGCGGCUGCAGCCUCCCCGGAGUCUGUGAAAGCCAUGGCGGGACACCAGAGGGAGAAGGUGAUUCCAGAUGAGGUCCACCAGAACCAGAUCUUCCGGGAACUGUACCUCAAAGAGCUACGGACUCAGAAACUCUACACUCAGUAUCACGUGAAUCCCCUGCGCAAGGUCCACACCAUAGCAAGAAAGCCUAUGUCUUGGCAUGAUAACCUGGAGGAACCUGCAGAUGCCAGAUUUCUUAAUCUCAUUCACCAUGCACACCAAGGACCGAGAAAGAAAUACUCAGAGACCCAGACUGAAGCUCAAGAGAUUGGAUGGGACUCCGAGCCCUUGGUCAAUCCUGAACGUGACGACCACAGGCUGAACCACUUCAGGGUCUACAAUGACAUCACCUUGUACAAGGCUAAAAUGUGGAGUUUGGGGGAAGAUGAUCGCCAUAAAUAGCAUUGCUGCAGUGAAGUCAGUCCCUGUGCUGAGCGCCCACAUGUUCAUGGUCCAGGGAAAUAAAGUUGACUUUAAAGCUCAAGACUCCCUUUGCCUAUCCUGGAUCUAACCUUCCUCACGUCUGCCCAAGUCCACAGGUUCAAGACCUUACAAACCACGAUGGAAAACAGGCAAAGAUGGCAGAUCAA